AUGUGCCACGGGAGUGGUUGUGGUUGUGCUGUGUUCCAGCAGGCUGAGGACUACAGCUUCCUGGACAACGGGCAGGUAGCGCACAUCCUCGCUGGUCCGGGCGGUGUGCCGCCGCCGGCGGAGGCUCUCCCCGCUGGACUAGGAGCGGGGGCGGCAGCGAUGGGCGGCCGCGGGGGCGUGCCCGCCGGCUUCGAGGCCCGCCUGCCGCCGCCCGCGGCCAACCUCAGCGCCAGGGACGGCACGUGGCAGAUCGUCUCCGGGACCAGGUACAAGUUCUUCGUGUUCUCGGCGUUCUACGACGCGCGGGACGAGCGCGUGGUGCGCGUCAUCGGCGCCACCAAGACGCGCGGCCCGGAGCGCGUGUGGUGCCGCCUGUGGUACCCGCCCGCCAACUCCACCACCACCAACGCCACCAGCCUGCCCUCCGUCUCCGUGCCCGCCAAGGUCAAGGUGAUCCGCGAGAACUGGAACCUGAAGUACAGCGCGUGCUUCGUGCUGUGCCCGCUGGGCCGCAACCUGAGCGCGCCCUCCUCGGUGUCGGUGGUGAGCCGCCUGCGGCUGCCGCCCGCCAACCGCCUGCUGGUGCGCAACACGCCAACCGACCCCGAGCUGCGCAACGGCUCCGCGCAGGGGCAGUCGCAGCAGCAGCCGCCGACCCCGCCGGAGGGACUCGCCGUCUGCGUCAAGCCGCUGCACUUCUCCUACAACCAGGCGCUGCAGCUGGUGGAGUUCCUGGAGCUGAACUCGGUGCUGGGCGCGCGCCACUUCACGCUGUACAACCACACGCUGGGCCCGGCCGUCGACUGCGUGCUGCGCGACUACGUGGCUCGCGGCACCGUCACGCUGCUGCCCUGGCAGCUCAACAUGGCCUCGCAGAAGGAGAUCCGCACCGAGGGCCUGUUCGCCGCGCUCAACGACUGCCUGUACCGCAGCAUGUACCGCUACUCGCACGCCGCCCUCAUAGACCUCGACGAGUUCAUCAUCCCGCGCCACAACGACACCAUCCCCCAGCUGCUCAGGUGGCUGGGCACGCGCCUCAACACGCGCGCCACCGGCUCCUACUCGUUCCAGAACGCCUUCUUCUACCUGCAGUGGCCGGACGACGCGGAGGCGGCCGCCGGCUCGUCGCUGCUGACGCUGCGCAAGACGCGCCGGCGCGCCAAGCUGCACCCGCACAAGCAGCGCUCCAAGUACGUGUGCCGGCCCGAGCUGGUGGUCGAGGCGGGCAACCACUUCGUGUGGGAGCUGGCGCCCGGCCACGGCACGCUCAACGUGCCCGCCGACGCCGCCAUCCUGCACCACUACCGCGUCUGCGAGUUCGGCGGCGACGACUGCGUCAAGACGCCGUCGGUGGUGGACCGCACGCUGCACCGCUACCGCGAGAGGCUGGAGGCGCGAGUGCUCGGCCGCUGGCGCGAGCUGCGGGACCGCUGCCGCCUCCCGCAGUUCCAGGUCUCCUCGGCGGCCUCCGUCACCAGCUAG